AAAGACGUUCGCAGUUCAUUCGAAAUUCAAAUCGUUUUCAAAAUGGCCGCUGGAAGGAUAUUGUUGUUUUUGGCAGUUUUGGUGUUGUUGGAAGUAACCCACAGUCAAUUAAUCGGCGGUUUCGGUGGCUACGGCGGCGGUAUUGGCAUCAUUGGCUUCGGUCGCCGGUAUGGAUAUGGCUAUGGCUAUCCCCGAUAUGGCUAUGGCUAUGGGGGCUAUAGGGGUUUCUACCCCCCUCCGCCGCCCCCACCGCCGUUCUUCGGAUAAAGUGCUGUAUAUUGUAGUGUAGAUUUAGUGAGGUAAAAUAAAAAUGACGGGAACGAGAA